AUGUGUCUUUAUUCGCUUCCGUCUUUGCCUACCUUUUUUAUUUUUUGUCGAAUUCCUUGUUAUACUUUCUUUUCUUCUUUUGUCUCACUGGUUUCUCUUUGUUUGCUUGUUUCUUUUUUUGUGUCUUUCUUUGUGUCUGUCGUUUUACCCUUUUUUCUUACAUUUUUAUGCCUUUGUUUUUUCUUUCUUUUUCUUUCUUGCCUUUUUCUUUCUUUCUUACUUUUUGUGUAUCUCUGCUAUUUUCUUUUACUAUUUCUUUAUUUUGUUUAUUUGUUUGCUUGUUUAUUUGUUUCUUUCUUUCAUUGUAUCUCCCUUCCUUUUUACCCUUUCUUUCUUUCUUUCUUUCUUUCUUUCUUUCUUUCUUUCUUUCUUUCUUUCUUUCUUUCUUUCUUUCUUUCUUUCUUUCUGUUCCCAUUUUUCUCCGUUUCUUUACGUCUUCUUCUUUCCCACGUGACCUAUUUUCUCCCCACCCGUUCUCCCUUUCCAUUUUUAUUUCCAAAGAAACCAAAGAUCUUUAUUUUAGCUAAAAAAGUGAUCUAUCUAUCUAUCUAUCUAUCUAUCUAUCUAUCUAUCUAUCUAUCUAUGACUGUUUACUAUCUAUCUAUCUAUCUAUCUAUCUAUCUUUUCACUAAGUUUUAUGGUGCUUUAUUCGUUAAUGACUUAUCUAAAAUAUGUCUAAAAUUGGUCUUAUAA